AUGCCACCGUCCAACUCAGAGCUCAAAGGGUUCAGGCGCAGCGAGAGUCUCUCCGAGAAGCAGGUGAAGGAGGCCAAGUCCAAAUGUAAGCGGAUCGCCCUUCUCCUUAGUGCCGCGCAGCCCAACCCGAACAACAAGGGCCUGUUGAUGUUCAAGAAACACCGUCAGAGAGCGAAAAAGUACACCUUGGUGAGCUACGGCACGGGAGAGGACAAGCGAGACGACAGCACAGAGGAGGAGGACGACGACAGCACCCAGGGUGGAGUUCAUGUUCUAGAGUUCACGCUCGCUGAUCAAGACCGGUCGGAUUUAGAGACGCAUUUCCUCACGAAUGCCCGCAGUGGCAAAGGCGUACUGACGAUCUGCUUGGAUAAAAGCCUACUUGACGUUGAGCAGAAGCAAAGUCCGAUGGAGUGUUUGCCCGAAACCAAGGGCAAAGGCGCCCUCAUGUUCGCCCAGAGGCGCCAGCGAAUGGACGAGAUUGCGGCCGAGCACGAAGAGCUGCGGCGCCAGGGGAUGCCCGUGGAAGGGGCACAGAAAGUGGAAGCGGCUUACACGCAGCCCGCCGUGGAGAACCACGCGUACAUGGAUGUGAACCAGCAGCAGCAAUACCAGCAAUACCAGCAGCAGCAGCAGCAGUACCAACAACAACAGCAUUACCAACAGUAUCAGCAGCAGUCGUACGAGCAACAGCAAACGUAUCACCAAGGUCAGCACGGCCCCGUGCAACAUCAAAGCCACGAAGCGCAGCGUUCUCUCGGCAAUCGCACCGCAAAGCCCUUUUUGGUUCAGAACAUGGCGGCGACACCGUACUCUCCUGCAAUGACUGGGACUAAUCAAGGCCAAGGAGAGCAGAUCGCCUCCCGUGAUGAGCGCAUUGCCACCCCGGCGAUCAGGUCGGGCCUUCUGGAUUCAAAGAGGAGAAAUGUUGCCAAGCCCAUGUUCACGUUUAAAGAGACACCAAAGAUGUCACCGAAUCCUGAUCUGCUGAACCUACUCAACAUGAGUUCCAAGAAGAUGGGUUUCGAGUCAGGACCCGAGGAAGACUACCUCAGCCUUGGCGCUGAGGCUUGUAAUUUCCUCCAGUCCUCACGGUCGAAACACAAGACCCCUCCGCCGGUGGCCCCAAAGCCUGUGAUAGAUCCCAGCUCUGCCCCCUGGUCUCCACAGAUGGAAGUAACCAACCAGGACAUGCCUCAGCAUGCCGAAAAUAGUGCACCCACACCUGCUGUCGCCCCCACCGCAGUGACCACCCCUUUAAGUGACCAAGAGCCAACCUCUAAUGUGACUGCCCCUGGGCCAACUCCCCCUCAAGCCCAACUGGAAGCCCCUGCCAUUGCCUCCGCAGAGCAACAACAAACAUGGCCUCCUUCAGUGCCAGAAACCCAACAACAGCAAGUAGCCGUGCAAGAGGGAAACGGUUAUGUCAGCUCUUCUCCACAGCCCGAGACCAAUGCUGGAGGAAUUUGGGAUUCUGCACAAGCAGCCCAGCAGCAAUCUACAAUUACCUGUUAUACGAUGCAGAUGCAACCACAGGAAAAGUGGCAGCCUCAACGGUCUGCGAGCCACUCGGGGCUCCCGGCUGACGGGGAAAAGGCCCCCGUGGGACUGGCCCCAAGUGCAAUUGGCAGCAGUAAGACGCAAAGACUCCAGAAACUUUGCAUGCCGUAA